CAUGAAUUAAGUGUAAGCAUUUCGCGCCAACCCAUCUUGGGGAUAGACUACAUCCGGUGUUCAUAGUGACCUUGUGCUACGACAGAGCACUUGAGUGUCCAUUGUUUGUGUUGCAGAUAUCUUACUGUUAACUAUGGCUUGUGCUACGCUUAAACGAAGUCAUAACUUUGAGGUUUUGGAGUCUACUUGUUCGAAAAGAAGAAGAUAUCAAACAUUUUCUCGAAGCUGUAAUACGGAAGUAGCAGUACCUCAAUCUCCUUUCGUUCCUAAAGAAUUGUCAACUCAAGCCCAGCUUAAGCGGCGCAUCAAGGAAGAAAUUAAACGCUUACAACGACGUCGUUUGAUCCCACGAUUCUUAGGUGGUCCAACCCCAACAGUAACUACAACAUUCACCAGUCAUGUUCAAGAAAAUGUAGCGGUUGCUUCAUGCAGUGGCAGUUUUCGAUCUAUGGCUCUGCGAUCACCUACUUCAGAUAGCCAAGACUCAGACAGUGACCAAUCGCCUCUGCGUACCGCUGAACCUAAUUUGCCAGUAUUUGAUACUACCUCUACCCCAUCCUCACAGUCAUCAUCACAUACAGUCCCUACUUUAGAUUCCGUGCCAAUGUUCACCUUACCACAAGUUACAGCUCUUUGUGAACGCCUUAUCAAAGAACGCGAGGCAGAAUUACAAGAGGAGUACGACAAUAUAUUAUCAUGUAAAUUAGCUGAGCAAUAUGAAGCAUUUCUUAAGUUCAAUCACGAUCAGCUUUAUAGUCGAUUUCAGAACUCUCCGAUGAGCUAUGUUUCUUGAGAUUAUUGCUCCUUGCAUGAGUCAUACAUUAGAACCUUCUAUCUCCAGUUAUCAACUGCCUUCCACCUGCUGAUGCAGUAAAUGAACUUCAUUGAGUUAUUUUGAAAAUGUUCUUAUUUUUCAUUUGCAAUGUCAGCUGCCUUUUCCCAUUCUUUCAAUGUUUCUUAGUUACAUUGUUUCCCGAAUUUGGAAAUUGCACAAUAUACAAUUUUGUCAUGGUGUAUGUACGUCUGUAGUUGUUUGUUAUAACUGUGCGAUGUAUUGCAUGCACUUGAAAUUGUCAAGUUGGUGCUCAAUUAGUUAAACAAAAACAAUUGUUCCCUUUUUGUUUCCUGUUCUUAAAGUUACUCCAUUUUUUUUCUGUGAUUCAUCAAGUAUUUAUUUAUGUGAACAAUUUGAGAUUGACAAUGUCCCUAAUAGCUGUUGUGUUUCAAAUUGAGUAUGUGACAAUAAAUGCGAUCAUUCUGCA